AUGGGUCUCCUCUCCGACCCCACCUCCGCGCUCGUCGUGACCACCAGCCUCGUAUCUUUCCUCUCCGGCUUCGGCCUCGGAAUCUACGCCCUGCGCGGGUCCAUCGUCUCGCCCGAACUUGCCGCCGAGCGCCACGGCAACUUGAACGAUCCCGUCGAGAGCGAGGAGUCAGACAUUGACGAGGAACAGACACUGCUGGACCAUGCGCCGAACUGGUCGAAUGGAGUAGACGCGGAUCGCAAGCAGGGGCUGAGACAGGGGGCUGGCGCUGCGUCGUCGUCGGGUUUGAAGCCUGGGGUAAAGAUUGAUACGAAUGAAGAGUGUAAAUUGGUGUUGGUGGUGAGGACGGAUUUGGGGAUGAAUAAGGGCAAGAUGGCAGCGCAAGCUUCCCACGCGACUCUCGCAUGCUACAAGACCCUCCUCCGCGCCGCCCAAACAUCCCCACAGUCCUCCGAAGCCCAACUCCUACGCCAGUGGGACCGCCGCGGCCAGGCUAAGGUUGCGGUACAGAUCAAGGGCGAGGACGAGUUGCUCGAGCUGAUGGGUCGCGCGCGGAGUUUGGGCGUGACGGCGGAGGUCAUUACAGAUGCCGGGCGGACCCAGAUCGCGGCGGGCAGCCGGACGGUGUUGGGCGUAGGGCCGGCGCCUAAGAGUUUGGUGGAUCAGAUUACGGGUCAUUUGAAGCUCUUGUGA